GCCGGACGGAGGGCCGAUUCCUCCCUCUUUCCUCGCCUCUUCUUCCCACUCUUGACUUCCCUCUCCUCUCUGUCUCUCUCCCCGAUUCCUGCUUCCUCGGGCUCUAGAGAGAGCAAGAGCCGGAGCUGGGGUUUCGAGUUUCUCUGGAGGGGCGCUUGCGGUGUUGAUCUCUUGAAUCGUGUUCGAAAGAGAGGAACAACGGUUUCUGGAUGCUAAAUCUUGGUUGGCAGGGCUUCUCCGCUAGUUCUGCUUCCCCUUCCUUUUUGGACUCUUUUGGCCACACGAUUCCAUUGAUGAAAAGUAGCCUCUGAUACUUGGUAACACUUGGACCAGUUAAGGCCCAGUGCCGAGGAAGUGUUCUUGAGCAUAGAGAGGAGAGCAGCCUGAUACGAGUGGCGGAUAGCAUCUGCCUAAAGUAUCCUUUUUUUUUCCGCUUUUAUGUAUAUCAAGUUGAACUUUAGUAGAUACUGUAGCUCAAAUGCCAGGACCGAGAAUGAAGAGAAAAUCAGACAAGGGAUGUGUAAGAUUGCACAAUGUCCAUGCUCGUCACAGGUCAUCUAAGAAAUCAGAAAACUCACCAUCGGAAAUCAACACAGAGGUGGACGCUUCUAUUCAAAUUCAUCAUGAUGGAAACUUUUCAAACACAAUUAGUUCUCGAAUGGAACAAUCAGGGUGCGACUCUACGAUAACAGGUUUUGAUGGAGCCUCUGCUGAAUUGCUGAACUUGUCUUCAUCUCCACCGGAUCCUUUAUCUACUGAAAGAAUGCUGCAGGGUUCAAGCUCAACCGCAAUAGCACCAGAGUUAGAAACAAUUUUCUCACCUAAUUUCGAGGAUGGUGAUUCCCACUUGAAUUCAACUAAUCAUGGUUAUGAAGUUCAGAAUGAAAAUCCUGGAUUGCCUAAUCUCGUUGCGGAUGAAGGAGAUGAUGGAAACUCUGGGUUCAGUGAUUAUCAAGCUUGCAGUUUAUUCGACUUCUGCUUUUCAGAGAGUGCUCCUUCUUUACCUUUUGAUGAUAGCAUGGAUUUUACCGAUGUUUCUUGCCAUCAUUACGAGUUUACUACUUCUGACAUACUGACUGAUGUGGCGGAGAGGUAUAUGAUGCUGCCAUUCCUUGGGAGGAACACAGAAACUGGCGGUGCUCAUGAUAAUGAAUCAAUUCAAGAAAUCAUGAUGAACUCCAAUGAUGCAUACUUGGCAUCUCAUCAAGAAUCUGACAUGAAUUAUCUAUCUGGUGAUUUGGGAGAAAUAGAAUGCCUGAAUCCACAGCUAGUUUUUCGAACUUCACCUGAUUUAUCUCGGGAAGUUUCAUCGAGUUGUCCUACUCUAUUGCAAAAGGAAACACAACAAGGGAAGCCCAUAACUCUUGUCCUUGAUUUAGAUGAAACUCUUGUUCAUUCUACACUUGAGUACUGUGAUGAUGCUGAUUUCACCUUUCCGGUUUUCUUUAACAUGAAAGAGCAUACCGUAUAUGUAAGACGGAGGCCUUUUCUACAAAUGUUCCUCGAGAGAGUGGCUCAAAUGUUUGAAAUUGUUAUUUUCACAGCUAGUCUAAGCAUAUAUGCUUCUCAGCUACUUGACAUUUUGGAUCCAGACAACAAAAUAAUUUCUGGGCGCAUUUAUCGUGAAUCAUGCAUAUUCUCUGAUGAUACCUAUACAAAGGACCUAAGUAUUUUGGGGGUUGACCUGGCAAAAGUUGUCAUAAUCGACAAUUCCCCACAGGUUUUCCGGUUGCAAGUUAAUAAUGGCAUUCCAAUCAAGAGUUGGUUUGAUGAUCCAUCGGACCAUGCUUUAGUUCAAUUACUUCCUUUCCUCGAGACCCUGGUCGAUGCUGAGGAUGUUCGUCCGAUUAUUGCAAACAGGUUCAGCAACAAAGAGCAGCAACAGUUUGUUUGAGAUAUCAUUGUCUUGGCAAUAUUUAUUGUUCUUCCUGAGGUAACCAUAAUCAUCGACCGCAAUUUAUCCACGGUUUCUUAGAUUUGCUUCCAUUAUCAUGCCAACUUAGCUGUAUGACAUGUGAAGAUUCCUGAUGAUUGUACCAAAUUUUCUCCAAGUGUAUGUAUAUUCUUCCCAUCCUAUUUUCUCACACAGGUGUUUACAUUAGAAUUUUGUCAUGAAAAUAAAAUAUUUUGUUCAA